CAGGGACACAGAAGUGCCGUCUGCCGCUGCACUCUCCCCUCGCCGCCCGCCUGAGCCCCCUCCCCGCUCCUCCAGCUCCGAGCCUGCUCUGGGCUCCUGCUGGACCCGCAGGCACUGGGCUCUGUGAUGCCCCUGCUGCCCCUUCUUCUCCUGCUGCCUCUGGCCCAGGCCUCCGAGGAGGGCUCCGGGGUUGCCCCUGCGCUGCCCAAUGGCUCGCACCUCUUCUGGACCAACUACAGCUUCUCGGACUGGCAGAACUUUGUGGGCCAACGGCGCUAUGGGGCCGAGUCCCAGGACCCCAGGGUGAGGGCGCUGCUGGUGGUGGCCUACGCCUUCAUCAUUGUGCUCUCGCUCUUCGGCAAUGCCCUGGUGUGCCACGUCGUCUUCAAGAACCGGCGCAUGCACUCGGCCACCAGUCUCUUCAUCGUCAAUCUGGCGGUGGCCGACAUGCUCAUCACCCUCCUCAACACGCCCUUCACCUUGGCCCGCUUUGUGAACAGCACGUGGGUGUCCGGGAAGGCCAUGUGCCACGUCAGCCGCUUCGCCCAGUACUGCUCCCUGCACGUGUCUGCACUGACGCUGACGGCCAUCGCCCUGGACCGCCACCAGGUGAUCAUGCAUCCGCUGAAACCCCGGAUCUCCACCACCAGGGGGCUGGUCUACAUUGUGGUCAUCUGGGCCAUGGCUGCUGCCUUCUCACUCCCCCAUGCCAUCUGCCAAAAGCUGUUUACCUUCAGGUACAGUGAGGACGUCGUCCGUUCCCUCUGCCUGCCGGACUUCCCCGAACCUGCGGACCUCUUCUGGAAAUACCUGGACCUGGCCACCUUCGUCCUCCUCUACCUCCUGCCCCUGCUCAUCAUCUCCGUGGCCUACGCCCGGGUGGCCAGGAAGCUGUGGCACUGCAACACCAUCGGCGAUGUGACCACGGAGCAGUACCUGGCCCUGCGGCGCAAGAAGAAGACCACCAUCAAGAUGCUGACGCUCGUGGUGGUCCUCUUUGCCCUCUGCUGGUUCCCUCUCAACUGCUAUGUGCUGCUGCUGUCCAGCAAAGUGGUCCGCACCAACAACGGCCUCUACUUCGCCUUCCACUGGCUCGCUACGAGCAGCACCUGCUACAACCCCUUCAUCUACUGCUGGCUCAACGAGAGCUUCCGGCUCGAGCUGAAGGCGCUGCUACGGCCGUGCCAGAGGCCCCCCCAGCCACCCUCCCCACUCCCACCCUCCAGGCUGGCCUGGACUGAGAAGGCACCCAGCCACAGGGCACCCCCUGCCAGCCAGCUCCUGCCCUCUGCCCAGCCCCAGUGCGGGAAGACAGACCUGUUGUCCGUGGAGCCUGUCGUGACUGUGAGUUAGGGGGGUGUGGGGGAUGAGGGCUUGAGAGGCUGGGUUCUUGCUCACAGCUUUCACGAGCUGCAUCUGGCCUACUCAGCACCAGCACCAGCCGUGCAUUCCCGAGGCUGGCUGUGCCCCGAGGCGGGCCCGUGCAGAGAAGCAUGGCCCCGGCUCCAAGUGUCAGCGGAACCUGUCCUUGGCGUAGCUACCAGUAUGUGGGAGGGCCAUAGGGAGAGCCGGGAAUGCUCAUAAAGCGCCAAGAGGGAAAGGAAAACUUCUGGGGGACUCAGGGGGCCAUGGAGGAGGGGAGAGGCCUGGGUCAGCACUGGACUGUUGAGACGCAGCACCCCUGAGUCCUGAGCAGGGCCUGGCCGACACCUCUCUCUUCUCUCGGACCAGCUCAGAGCGUGGCAUGGAGCCGUCUGUGUCUCCACAGUUGGGGCCCUUUCCCAGUGUCCACAGGCAGCGGGCGAGCAGGCUCAUCUGCGCAGUCCAGAGCGCCGGGCUGGAGAGACCAGCUCCAGCGCAGACAGGAAGGCACUGCCUUCUGAGUGCCUGGGCCGAGGGGCUGCAGUGUCCAUGGUGCCGGACAUGUCAGGUCCCGCCUGAGAGCCCAAGACAGCCCCAUCAGUGUUGGCCCUUCCCGCGGCCUGGGCCCGGGCACGUGUCCCCAGCGCCAACCCCGCAUGUGCUCGAGUUUCAAUAAACAUCUGUGGAGUGUG